AUACAAACCCCCGUCUUUUCUGUGUCUCCCCAGCUCUCUAAACUCUCCGGGUGAUCGUAAAAGCAACAGACGAAGACUUUUCUACGACAUCGGCUGCUUUGCUACUGCUUUGAUCGUUACGGAGAAACACUUCGAAGAUGGUACGUUUACAGCCAGACCCAUUCCUCAAUGAACUUACAAACAUGUUUGAGCGAACUACAGAAAAGGGCUCUGUUUGGGUCACUCUCAAACACUCUUCUGAUAAAUCUAAAGCCAAGCGGAAUAAACUGAAGAGUGCUGGUGAAAAAAUUGAAUAUAAGUGCCUUAUUCGAGCAACAGAUGGGAAAAAGAACAUUUCUACAAUGGUGGGGGCGAAAGAUCACCAGCGUUUUCAAGCUUCUUACGCAAUUUUGUUGAAGGCUCAGAUGACUGCGUUGAAGAAGAGGGAGAGGAAGGACCGGAGAAAGGCUGCAGAUUCUGACAAGAAGCAAGAUGGUUCGAAGAAGCAGCGGUCUGCUGCUCCCAAGGCCUCUUCUUGAAUCAAAGUAUUUGUUUGUUUCUUUCCUCAUUUUUGCCUUGUACAAUAGGGUUUAAGAUUUCUUAUCCCUUUUGGGACACAACCACUCUCUCCGAUCCUUACUACUCUGCGGAAUCCAGGUUAAAUGAAAGGUGGAGGUUUUAGACUAUUAGUUGUUUACUUUUUAUUUUUUGGAUAAAAUUCAUGAAUAUUUUGUUGAGGGUGUGUUUGGUUGUUAACUUCACUUUUGGCAAAAUUGGUUGCAUCUUGCAGGGCUUAACUGAUGGCUUAUGAUUUUGAUUUUCA